AUGAAUUAUUAUGGGAUUGUAGUUGUUUACUUCCGCACAGAGGCUCGCUUCAGGGGCUUGUUUGUAGCAGCACAUUCUGCAGCAAAUUUGAGGGGUCAGAAGAGUGCAGCAUCCCCUGUGAAGUCCAUUGUAUUGAGUGCAGACCACCCAGGCUUGACCUUCAACCUCACUCUGGUUAGGACUGAGCCGACCUACAGCCAGCCUGUCCAGCAAUGGAUGUUCAUUUCAGACUUUGCAGUUCGAGAUUAUUCAGGCACAUACACAGUGAAGCUGAUUCCCUGUACAGCAGCGCUGAAUGUGGAGUACACUGUUCCUCCAGUCUGCAACCCUAGAGAGCCGGUUACUUUUGAUCUUGAUAUCCGCUUUCAGCAGGUGAGUGACCCUGUCGCGGUGGAGUUCAGUCUGAACACACAGAUGUUCUUGUUGUCUAAGAAGGCGUUGUGGUUGUCAGAUGGAUCUAUGGGCUUCGGUCAAGAAAGUGAUGUGGCUUUCUCUGAGGGUGACACAAUCUAUGGCCGGGUGAUGGUGGACCCUGUGCAGAACUUGGGUGGCUCUUUCUACUGUAACAUUGAGAAGGUGUAUCUGUGCACCGGCGCUGAUGGAUAUGUUCCUAAAUACAACCCCGCCAAGUCUGAGUUUGGAUGCCUUGCAGACUCUCCGUCCCUGCUGUACAGAUUCAAAAUGAUCGACAAAGCCCAGCCAGAGACUCAGGCCAAGAGUUUUGGGGACGUGAGUUUCAAGGCCCUGCUGGCUGUAGAUGACCCCUCUGCCCUUUCUCUGGUGAAGCAGCCAGGAUCUGAUGGAUUCCGACUGGAUUCUACUCCUCUUUUCCAGGUGGCAGUAGGAAGAGAGUGGUUCAUUCACACUAUCUACACUGUGCGUUCAAAAGACAACGCCAAGCGUGGCAUUAGCAAGCGAAGUGUGGAGUACCACUCAAUAACAUCAGGUGACCUUGUACCAGCGGAGGCCAGAGGACGCUACAGACGCUCCAACAGAGAAGUCCCGGCCCUGGCGGAGGAGAUCGGACCCGAGAACAAGCGAGGAACGAAUAUCAUGCACAUCGCUCUGGACCGCAGCCGUCGGCGCUCUGCGUCUGGGGACGAGCUGUUCGCAGACGGACUGUCUCCACGGGAGCUCAGUGGACGAGGUGCGGAAGAGGACGCGGUGACUGUGGCAGGAGCCGUCGUGGGACUGCUGCUCACCGUCCUCGUGGUUAUAGUGUUGGCACUGAUGGUUCGCUCAAGGCGGACGCCUGUGAAAAAGGCCCUAAGUGUCUCGUCCAGCCUGCAGCCUGUUAUAGUUAGAAGUAGUCUUGAUGAUGGUGACAGCUCAGAGGUCUGAAGGACUAAUGGACUGCUUGGAGAUCCUACUGUUCUCCUUUGUCAUAGAUGGGAUCAAUUUGUUUUCUUUUCUUUGUUUUGAACAAGUGCCUCUGACAGGUUUUAUCUUGUGUAGAACUCAUGACCCAGUUCAUCACCAACCCAAAGAAUUCUAUUUAAAUUAAGUUUUAUGUUGUAAUUCUGAAUUUUUGUUUGUCUAAUAAUGGAUUGAGGUUUGCCCAGUGUUCAGAGUUCUUUGGGGUCCCAGUAGUGCCCUACCCACUUUUUUGGAAGUAGACUAGAAUGUGAAAGAAAGAAAGAAAGAAAGAAAGAAAGAAAGAAAGAAAGAA